AUGCCGAAAGAUAGAACCAUCGGUAUAGCAUUGGAUUUCUCCAAAAGCAGCAAGAAUGCUCUAAAAUGGGCACUUGAAAAUUUAGCUGACAAAGGUGACAACAUUUACAUCAUCCACAUCAGCCAAGAGAGUCUUGAUGAAUCUCGCAAUCAGCUCUGGUCCAAAUCCGGUUCUCCUUUGAUUCCUUUGAAAGAGUUCAGAGAACCUGAGAUCAUGAAAAAGUAUGGUGUUCAAAUUGAUAUUGAGGUUCUUGAUUUGCUUGACACUUUUUCAAGACAAAAAGAGGUGAAUAUUGUUUCAAAAGUGUAUUGGGGUGAUGCAAGAGAGAAACUUCUUGAUGCUGUUGAAGAUCUGAAGCUGGAUUCUCUUGUUAUGGGAAGCAGGGGUCUCAGCACAAUUCAAAGGAUCAUAAUGGGAAGUGUAAGCAACUUUGUGAUGACUAAUGCUCCUUGCCCUGUGACUAUUGUCAAGGAUAAUAUCCGCACCAGCAGCAAGUAA